CUCAAACUCAAUGGCCACAAACACAAUCAAUCUCUCUACACUUCAAAGCUCCUCUUCACUUCGCUUAAUCUCUUAUUAUUCUCCCAAAACUACCCCCAACCUUUCAUUUUAUACACGCUUUAGAACCUCUGUCCACCUAUCCUCCGUUUCUUCUAAACCCUACAGAAAUACAUUUAAACCUCGCUCUCUAAUCAUCACUGCAGCUGUCAAAACCCUCUCGGAGACGGAGAUACUCGCCGUGCCGUUAACUGCUGAAGAGUUCAAUUUGAAAUUGCCGUCAGAUUCCGGCGUUUACGCUGUUUAUGAUAAAAACGAUGACCUUCAAUUCAUUGGUAUUUCACGGAACAUUGCCGCCAGCGUAGUGGCUCAUUUAAAAUGGGUACCGGAGUUAUGCGGCUCCGUGAAGGUUGGAGUAGUAGAUGAACCUGAUAGAACAGUUUUAACCCAAGCUUGGAAGUCAUGGAUGGAAGAAUACAUACAAGCCACCGGAAAAGUCCCACCAGGCAAUGAAUCAGGGAACAACACUUGGGUUCGGCAGCCUCCUAAGAAAAAACCUGAUCUCCGUCUCACUCCUGGUCGUCAUGUCCAGCUGACAGUUCCACUUGAUGAGCUCAUCGAUAAGUUGGUAAAGGAGAACAAGGUGGUGGCCUUUAUAAAGGGAUCAAGAAGUGCACCAAUGUGUGGAUUCUCGCAGAGAGUGGUUGGCAUUCUUGAAAGUGAAGAGGUGGAUUUUGAAAGUGUGGAUGUCCUUGAUGAAGAGUAUAAUUAUGGAUUGAGGGAGACACUAAAGAAGUAUAGUAACUGGCCAACAUUCCCACAAAUUUUCUUGAAUGGAGAAUUGGUUGGAGGGUGUGAUAUCCUUUCCUCCAUGCAUGAGAAGGGUGAGAUUGCAGGAUUGUUCAAAAAGUAAGUAGAUUUUUGAAUUUAUGUAUUUGAGAGAGUAUUGUAAUAGAGUACAAAAUUAGAUCACAAGACUAUUUACGUGGGAACAGAGUUGAUUGUCUAGGCGGUGGAUGUUUUGUGUACAAUAUACAAACUUGAUCCAUUCGAGAACGAAGGAACAAUUGAUUCCUAUUUAGUAUUGAGCGUCAUCCCUCUGUGUAAAACAAUUUGUUGAAUCACUUAAUGUAACUCUUUUUCAAUUUUGAAGGACAUCUUU